AUGUCCCAAGAAUGCACAAUAUCCUUGGAUAAGCUAUCGCUGGAGGGAGACAAAAAGGCCGGAACCAACCCGGCACCAAACGCAGAAGCGGAAUCACAGGAUCCACAAGAUGUCGAUGGUAGCAAAUCGAACGCCGAACAAGAGGAAGCUGAACGCAAUGAACUGCAAGCGUUUGUCGAGAGUCAACAGGAACGGUAUCAGCAGAAAGCCACACAGCGUCAGCUUAACCAUGCACCGGAGCGUCCGGCCGAGGAAGACUUUUUCCGGUACGAUUCGAGCGUGAAGAAAAACACGGCGUUUGUGAAACGGUUGAAACAAUUCACCGCCCAGCAGCUACCGUCCCUUAUGCAGGACGUGUCGAACCUGAACCUCACGAAGUACAUCUCGGAGGUAAGCGCCGCGCUGAUCGAGGUGAAACUGAAGAUGAGUGAUAUUGCGGCCGCUGUGUCGUUGUGCAGCUAUCUACAUCAGACUUACGCCGACUUUGCACCGACAUUGUUCGAAAACUGGCAGAAAGCUUUGCUCAUUAAGCCGGGCGAAAAGGUGGCAAAUCUGAGUAAGAUGCGCGUUGACCUUCGGUUUUACGCGGAGUUGAUUAGCAUCGGAAUUUUUUCGAACAAGCUCGGCCUUCCACUGCUGGGUGCCUGCCUUACCGGGCUCAUAACGCAGGACAAGGAGGAGCACGUUAAUUUGUCAAUCGUGCUGUCGUUUUGCAAACACUGUGGGGACGAGUAUGCCGGGCUCGUUCCAGCCCGUAUGACGGAGCUGGCAAAAAAGUACAGCAUGACGAUACCGAUGUCGCAACUGCUACCCGCCGACAAGCAAUGUAAUCUGCGCAACCUGCUGAAGGAUUACUACCACUCGCUCGCCGACCAUCUUAAGAAAGAGCACAAGCAGCUACAACUGGCCGAAAAGUCGAAGCGUAAGAUGCUCCAGACGAAGGGUGAAAUUACCGCUGAAAAGCGCGAACAGCUGGCGCAACUGCAGGCUUCGUACGAGAAACUGUUCUCAUCAACGAGCACGCUGGCGGAACUGCUCGGGCAAGCGAUGCCAGAACUGGUCGUUGAACCAGACAGCAGCAACCCUCUGGAGGGUACCGUUCUUGAUGGCAAGGGUGGCGAGGAGGUGCAGUUCACAAAUCUCGAUCCAUGGCGCGACGAUGAAACGAAAUCGUUCUACGUUGAUCUGCCGGAUUUGCGACUCUUUUUGCCAAACUACUGCGGAAAGAAGAUACAAUCGCAGCCAGACGAUGAGUACGAAGGCGGUGAAGGGGUAGAUAUGCUGGCCGAACCACCCAUCACAGAGGAAGCGUUGGAUAUGGAUAUGCCCGAAUUAGAUACCGAUGGGCCCGAACUGGAGCCCGCGGAGCAGGAACCGGAGGAAAUUGUAGGUGAGGAGGGUGAUCCGCUUGGUGAGAUGGCGGAUCAGGGAGAAUCGGCGGGCGUGGAUGGCGAAUCGGGUACCGGUUUGCUGAAACCCGAUGGGACCAGUGGCUGUGGAACGCCCAACAGUCAGGCUAACCGUAAAUACUUCGAGCAGUACGUACAGAACCUGCAAAACUGCGUGAAUCGCGAGCUGAUCGAUAAUGCGGCCAUCGAUUUCCUGCUCAAUCUGAACACCAAAAGCAAACGGAAGCGAUUGGUGAAAGUACUGUUCGGAGUGCAACGUACGCGGCUCGAUCUGCUACCGAUGUACGCACGGCUCGUGGCCAUUAUCGACCUGGUGUCUCCCGACGUCGGAAACGAGCUGUGUCAGAUGUUGAAGAUUGAUUUCAAGUAUCAUUUGAAGAAGAAGGACCAGAUCAACAUCGAAACCAAGAUCAAGGUGGUACGCUAUAUUGGCGAGCUGGUGAAAUUUGGCAUCUACAAGAAGCUGGAGGCGCUCUACUGCCUUCGAUGCAUGCUACUAAGCUUCCAACAUCACCACAUCGAGAUGACGUGCGCUUUUCUGGAGGUUUGCGGUGUGUACCUGUACAACUGUCCCGAGAGCCGUAUGCGCACGAACGCUUUCCUGGAGCAGAUGAUGCGCCUCAAAAUGAACACCACCAUGCACGGCCGGCACGGGCAACAGGUGGAAAACUGCUACUAUCUGGUGAAGCGCCCGGAGCGGUUGAAGGUGACGCGAAAGGUGCGGCCACUGAUUCACUCCUACAUCCGGCACCUGAUCUACAAGGAGCUGGACAAAUCGAAUGUGGACAAAAUGAUAAAGCUGCUGCGGCGGCUCGACUGGGGCGAUCCGUCCACCUUCACGUACGCCGUCCGGUGCCUCUCGAAGGCGUACAACAUCCGGUACCAUUUGAUUCGCAGUCUGGCCGAUCUGCUGGCAGGGCUUAACUCGUACCAGGAGCGUGCCGUCGUCCGGGUACUUGACACGGUGUUUGAGGACGUCCGAGCCGGGCUGGAGAUACACGACAACAAGUUGGCCCAGCGUCGGGUGGCGAUGGUAAAGUAUCUCGGCGAACUGUACAACUACCAGCUGGUGGAUUCAAACACCAUCCUCAACACGCUCUACUCCAUCAUCUCGUUCGGGGUCAGUCUCACACACGACGGACCACCGUCGGCCGUCGAUCCGCCGGAGUCACUGUUUCGGCUCAAACUGGCCUGCGUGCUGCUAGAUACCUCGGGGCAGUAUUUCGUGUCCGGUGUGAAUCGGAAGCGAUUGGACUAUUUUCUCGUCUUCUUUCAGCAGUACUAUUGGUUCAAAAAGUCACAUCCAUUCUUUGCCUCUGGCGCAGGUGUCGGAAGUGACGCCGGCGCCACCACCGGCAUUGUUGCAGGCGCAAAAGAUCUUUUCCCCAUCCUAAUGGACCACAUGUACCGAGAGUGUCUGAAGAGUUUGCGACCGAAAUUGAAACUGUUCACCAGCUUCGAGCAGGCAAUGGAAGCGGUGCAGACGUUACGCCAACAAAUAUAUCCCGCCGAGGAAUUGGAAAAGCAGAUGCGAAAGGAUGAACUGAUAGCUGCGCAGGGAAUAACAACCACGAGCGAUGCACCGGAUUCGUCCGAGCACGAAGACUCGACGAUGCAGUCGGAUGAGUGCACAUCGGAUGCGGGCGAAGAUAUGUCGGAGUGCUACGAACCGAAGCGACCACACUCGAGCCGCACGGUCGGAGACGAUGAUGAGGAUGACACGACGACGCCACCUGCUGCGGACAGCGGAGACCUGGAUGGGCUGGAAUGUUACAACGAUGAUGAGGAAGAGGACGAUGAUGAGAACGAUGACGAGGAGGACGAAGAUGAGCGCGAUUACGAUCUCGAGGUCGCAGUAGAACCGAUGCCGCCACCAGCCGUGAAACAGCCGGAAGAUUUGGAGUUCGAGCGAGAGUUUGAGCGCAUGGCAUCGGAAUGUAUCCAGCAGCGAGCAAAGGAAUCGUCGAAGGUUAAUCCGAAGCAAGUUCCUGUCCCGGUCACGUUUCGCAAUGAGACGAAGAAAUCAUACGAUCAGCUACAGGAACCAACAGUGGAGAAACCCGAUACGGUUCCGUUUGCGUUGAUGAUUCGCGGCAAGGGCAAGCAGCAGGUUUACAAGACAUUCGAAGCACCGGAGGACAGCCAACUGGCGCAGUACAUCCGGGAGCAGGAGCGCAAACAGCAGGAAGAGAAGGACAAUGUCAAACGGUUGACACUCAACAUUUCCGAACGGCUUGAGGAGGAGGACUACCAGGAAUCGUUGAAUCAGCCGACACGCGCCGCCGACCCGCUCCGGAUGCGGCCGUUGAAGCCGGCCAAGUUCAAGCACCCGAAAGGCGUACCCGACAUCGAUGCCAUCUUCCACUGAGGUAGAUGCGCAGCCGCAUCGCUUCCCAGCGGUACGAUUGUUGGAAAACUUUAUGAAUAAAUUGUUGAACACAUACCGAGACGUGGAAAAAAAGAG